CUAUUGUAAUUGUUGUGGUUAACCUGGUCGUCGGCAGCCAAAAAUGAAUCGUCUUUUCCUGGAUGGGAAGAUCCCGUCAUUCCGGUCAUAUGUGUAUAUAUAUCUUCUCGGCUACGUAGCUCUAAUCGAUUAUAGUGAGCAAGAAAGUAUCAUAGAAGAGAGAAGAUGAAUACUACGAUGAGAGCCGCCGUUAUAGUAGUGAUGAUAGUGGCGGCGUAUUCUGUGAGCGUUUCCGGUAAAGAUGAGGAUAUUGAUACAAAGUUUUGCGGUUGUGGUCCGUCCAAGGAUCAGAAUAACUUCCCUGCUCGCCUUGACGCUGUUCUUGACGAUGUGGUGAAAACUACGGCUUCUCAGCGUGAAGACGCAGUCUCCGGCGACAUCACCUACACAGCGACGGACCCGGCGAAGGGCCGCAGCGGCGCCGCCGCGGCAACCAGCACUUGUUUCGGCGACGCCUUCCUUGACUGCUCAGCAUGUCUGUCUAGAGCGCGGGGUUUUCUGAAGCCAUGCGGAGCCUUUGCAUGCGGCGGAAUUCGGUUUGAUGGCAAGUGCCGCCUUCAGUUCCGCCAAAUCAAAUGAUCCCUUGAUCAUUACAAAUUCCAACUUCUAAGUUCAGGCCGGCGGGAACCCAACUACGUACUGUCUUAAUUGUCUGUGUUCUUUCUUAAAUAUAUGUCAUUUUGGUGGGUUUAAUGUUUAAACUCUAUCGUCACACUCACUCAAUCAAAUUUGUGUUGAUUAAAUUUCCUAUUCGUUACCUAGAAAGUUAAUUUAAAUAAGGGGACUUUGAUUAG